ACCUUAGUAAUUCAACCUAAAAAUGCUAAGUAAUAUUUAAAUUUUAAUUGAUUACGUAUUAAUAGAGAAUGGAAUUUCCUUACCUGAAUAUACUUGAAACACUUUUUUAAGUGAAAAAAUAAUAAUUUUUGCCAUGAAUUAUUAUAAGUUACAAUUUUCUUUAUUUUUAAUAAGAAGACACUACUGUGUUAAUUCAAGUAAAAAAGUUGUCCAAUCGGUUGUCGAGCAAAAGAAAUUGAAAAACUUAGUGCCCAAAAAAUCAGUUCAAUCAAAAAUUGAUUCAAGGAAACUACCUCCACGAACUAAAAUUGAUGUUGAUACGAUAGCUCUUCUCGAAAGAUUAUCACUAGUAAACUGUGCUAACAGACAAGGAAUAGAGACUCUAGAAGAGGCUAUUGCCUUUGCAGAUAGGAUUCAACAAAUUGACACUGAAGGAGUGCAACCUUUAGUGACUGUACUAGAAGAUUUUCCUUUAGAAGUGAGACAAGAAGAUAAACCUAUAGAAACUAAUAAACAAAAAAUACUAGAAAACGCUGCAGUUACUGAAGACGACUAUUUUGUUGCUCCACCAGGGAAUAUACCGCUUGAACCAAGGGAAGAUUUAUUACACGAAAAGGAGAUUGAAAGGGUACUGACUUUAUUAUCAAAUAUAUUUAGCUUCUAUUAA